GUACUGGAUUGUUUAUAUAUGUUUCUGACUACAUCUGGUGAGCUUAGCUGCCCGUUGGAGGUUCAUCGGACGAUGCUGCGGUUCAGGGUUCAUCGAACGCAGGAUGCAAGCUGAGACGCGCGCACACUCGGAAGACCUUCCUGAGUUGAAAAAGGCUGAUGGGGGCCAUUUUUCUUGUCGGAAAUAUACUUGGUUGUGGUUGUGGUGGUUGUUGUUGUUGUUGUUGUGCUUGUUGGGAGGAAGUAUUUGGCCCCCGAAGGGGGAGGGAGGUCAGGAAGUUAGGGCUUGGGUUGGGGCCGAUGUUGGGGGGGCGGAGGUUUCUGGGUUAGUCGCAUCCGGAACCAACAGGGUCUGUAGCUGAAGUGAGACUUACUGAAACUGAACUAGACUCUGAGAGUCGGUAGAAUCUGAGUCAGACCACCGGUGACCAGUGCCUGGUUCGGAUUCUUGUCUUUUGCCCCUCAUCUCAUCUCCUCUCCU